AUGAAGCACCGGAUGAGGCACCUGGCUGCUGAUCGGACACCUGAGACACCAGGUGUGAUAGUGUUGUGCUUCAUAAGGGGCAGGCUGUUGUGGGCAUAUGCUGUUGUGGGCGUAUGCUGUUGUGGGCAUAUGCUGUUGUGGGCAUAUGCUGUUGUGGGGCAUAUGCUGUUGUGGGCAUAUGGUGUUGUGGGGCAUAUGCUGUUGUGGGCAUAUGCUGUUGUGGGCAUAUGCUGUUGUGGGGCAUAUGCUGUUGCUGUUGUGGGCAUAUGCUGUUGUGGGGAUAUGCUGUUGUGGGCAUAUGCUGUUGCGGGCAUAUGCUGUUGCGGGCAUAUGCUGUUGCGGGCAUAUGCUGUUGUGGGCAUAUGCUGUUCCGGGCAUAUGCUUUUGUGGGCAUAUGCUGUUGUGGGCAUAUGCUUUUGUGGGCAUAUGCUGUUGUCGGCAUAUGCUGUUGUGGCAUAUGCUGUUAAAGCUGGGUCACCAGCAGCGGCCCUCCCACACGCGCUGGCACGCGCGUCCCUGGCAGCCCGUCUACAUGCGCUGCUGCUGCAAGCCACCGCCACCCUCACCGCCACCCUCACCGCCACCCUCACCGCCACCCUCACCGCCACCCUCACUGCCCUCGCCCUGGCACCCCCUGCCUGCCGCCCUGCUGCUGCUGAGUGUUAUGGUCCACGGGGUGAUGGGGGGGUUGGCGAGAGCAUCAGCGGGCGGGAGUGUGCGGUGCAAGCGCUGUGGGUGUUGGAUGGGGUGUGUCUGCCGGUGCUGAUGGGGCAGUCAGGUCUCUCCAUGCGCUGCCGCACCCUCAUGCUCGUUGCCCAGUGCCGCCUCACCAUGCUGCCGCCUGCUGGUGCGUUCUGA